AUGCAUCUAGCACCGGCAUGUGGCUUGCAGGCGCUGCAAGCGCUCCCUGGCCAACAGCUUCAGUUGUGCAAGCUGAGGAGUCGAUUGUUUCAACGGCGUUGCCGGCGUCGGCUGCCAAAACGUCACUCCGGAAGCAGUGGUUGCACGAGAAAUUCUACCGGAUUGACUGAGAGUAACAUCAAACUGCACUAUUUUUCAGUAUCCCUGCAUGUGUGCGUAGUGCAGGAUCUUAAGCAACACUUCGUGCCAUGUUGCCUCGCGCUUGUGUUUGCGCCGGAGUUUGUUUUUCAAUCGGCUCAGCAAACCUUGCGUUCGGUUCAGCCUUGGUACUUGACGAAUCCUCCAUCAGCCCAGUCCAUUGACAUGCCCGUUGCAUAG